AUGGUUAAGGAUUGCCUGAUGAGAUCCAAUGAGGUUUACCAUCUUGCGGCAAGUUCAGCCGGGUCUGUUUCUGCAGCAAGAUCAAAUGCAAGAACUAAUGCUAGGAGUAACACUGACAAUGAAACGUUGAGGCAAGGGAGAGUAUUCGCACUAGUGCCCGGAGAUGUACAUAACACCGAGUCUGUGGUGUCAGGUAUAAUUUCCAUUUGUGCCCAAAAUGCAUAUGUCUUGAUAGAUUAUGGUUCUACACACUCAUUUGUGUCGCAUGCCUUUUUUCGAAAACUAACUAGACCCUUAGAAUCCAUGAAUUAUUUAUUGUCUGUAUCUACGCCAUCUGGGGGCUUUAUGGUAUGUGCAUAUAUAUAUCCGGCAUGUGAUGUUUUGAUUGGUGAUAUGACGUUGUACAUUGAUUUGCUGCCUUUGAGCAUUGACCACUUUGAUUGUAUAUUGGGUAUGGACUGGUUAACAAAGUAUUGUGCAUCUAUUGACUGUGUAAAUAAAUUUGUUGUAUUUCGUCCACCUGGUAUGCCUGAGUUUGUUUUCAUUGGGAACGGAGUAGUCCCUCCCCCAUACUUGAUUUCGGCCAUGAAAGCUGUUAAAUUGCUUAAGAAGGGAUGUAUGGGUUACUUGUGUUGUGUAUUGACUACAUCAUCUGAUGGUAUCAAUGUGGAAACUAUUCCUGUUAUUUGUGAAUUUCCCGAUGUGUUUCUGAAUGACUUGAUUGGAGACUUAGUUGAUAGGGAAAUUGAGUUCACUAUUAAAGUGACACCGGGAGCGCAACCAAUUUCUAAGACCCCUUAUAGAAUGUCAACCUCAGAACUUCAAGAAUUGAAAACCCAACUUCAAGAAUUGCUAGACAAGAAAUUCAUCCGGAAGAACAUGAGAACCACCUUAGAACUGCCCUACAGAUUUUGA